AUGUGCGGACACCACAUCCCUAGGGUUGCUCUUGUAGUGGUCGUCUUUCUCAGCUGUGCCUGUUAUGCUGAGGAACUAACUGAUGACCUUUCCUGUCCAGAUCACCAGGAGAGCUUUGACGGAUCGUGCUUUGAAUUUGUUGGUCUACAGCGUCCCUUCCUCAGAGCCCAGUCCUGGUGUGAGCGUGGUGGUGGACACCUCGCUUUUAUUCUCAAUGAUGAAACGCAGCAGUUUCUACAGAAGCAUCUGCACCCUGCGAAGGACUGGUGGCUUGGACUGGCACCAGCCGCUCCAAACUUUACUCUAGACACUACUGGUGAUGGCUCCCUUUCUUGGCUGGAUGGCUCAGAUGUCAGCUACAAUAAUUGGGUGAACACACCAGAGCCAGCGUCAGCUUGCGGAUAUAUACAGAGACAUUCAGGUUUUCAAUGGGAAGCUACAGACAAUUGUACCCAAGAAUAUAAUUUUAUCUGCCAGUUUGAUUCAGGAAGAUCUAUUGCUUGUGAAGGCCAAAAUGCUACAUUGCAAUGUGGCUCUGGUCAAGUAAUAGAAAUAGAUGACAGUUUUUUUGGCAGAAAAACCAUACAUUACUGCAGAUCCCACCAUGCAGCCUCGCUUACAGCCUCCCAGGAAGAAUGCAGCUGGAUCGAUGUUGUGGAUUCCGUAACUGCCAACUGUCAUGGACUGCAGGCCUGCCAGGCUCCUGUGGAUGUGAGCACAUUUGGAGAGCCGUGUCCUGCGUUUGGAAGUUAUCUCUCUGUGGAAUACCACUGCAAACAUGGUCUCUCCCUAUUAAUAAGUAAGCUGGCAGCUGUGUUUGAUAAUGUUACCAUUACUGUCAAGUGGCUUUUGCAUCCAUUUGAAGGAAAUCUCACAUGUACAGUCAACGCUGGAGAUGGUCAUACAAUUGAUCCAUACAGCCCAGAAGAGAUGGAGAGUACUGUCAUUCACAAAUUUGCUAGACCUGGAUUUUUUAUAGUCAGUGUUGAAUGCACCACAAGUGACUGGCAUGUUACAGCACAGAGAGCAAUAAUUAUUCAGGAGCCACUGGGAGAGUUUGGUGUGGUCAAAUGCUUUGGCCAAAACAUUUCAAUUAAUGAAAGCAAAUGCAAUGCGGCGUAUGGCAGGCCAGUACAAAUUCAAGUUUUCCUUGAAGCAGGUACAAAUGUUACCUAUACAGUUGAGCACAAUACUCACCUGAUCACUAACUCUUCUGUGGACAGUGGCGUCACACCGUACAAUAUAACUCUAGACAUUGCUUCUGUUGAACAACUUGGACAGGGCUGCCACAACCUGACUAUAUCAGCUUCUAAUAAGAUUACAACUACGGCAAUAUCCACAAAUCUGCAGCUGUGUCUGCUUCAGGCGAUUGAGGGUCUGCAGGCUUUUGUGGAGGCAGAGGACGGCCAGUGCCCGGACUCCUCUGAUCUCAUUAUUAAUGUUUCUCUGGAGCAUGGUGCCCCAGCGCAGCUCCUAUUCACUCUGACAGGAGCUCAAGACACUAUUUCUGAAACUAGAAACAUGCUCAAUGGUAGCACACAAGCAUAUGUCUUCUCCUCUCCGCUUGAAGGAUCUUUACGAGUUAAAGUGCAGGCCAUGAAUGCCUUCUCAGCUGUGGAUGCUGAUGUGGAUCUUGACAAGAUACUACUAGCAUGUCGUAAUUACACAGGCCAACAGGAAGAUCCAGUGGAAGAUGAUUUUGGUGAUUUUAAAAUUAGCACUUCUCCUUCUACUCUGGUUGACUACAGUCAAAGUGUUCAUCUAAAAGGAGAAUCUUCAUCGCUACCCAGCGAAGGAAUUAAAUUUAGUUGGAAAUGCAAAGGCGCCUGCCAAUGUGUGAACGAAACAGGCCAUAAAUCUUACACAAUUGAAAAAGAGUGUCUUCCAAACCCUUUUGAAUUUGCUCGAUACACUUUGAUUGCAAGAAAGACAAGUUGGUUUAGAAGUCCAGUUAAAGUUGCAGCAGCUUCCAAGUGUAUCACUGUUUCUCCAAGGGAAUUCACAAACGUAACAAUAAGAUGUGAUAAUUGCACUUCAUUAAAUGUAAUUACUCCUGUUACUAUGAAAUUGCACUGUGAAAAGAGCUGCCCAGAUGUAGUAUGGUAUUUGGAGGACCAAACACCAUUGGCUAGCAACCUUGAAAAAUGUUACUCUAAAGUGAGCAGAAGGCCUCCCACUGAAAAGCAGGAUGGAAACACUGAAUAUAUUGUUAACAGUCAACACUUGGAAAUGUCCAGAGAUACUAUGCAACCCAUUGUUGUGGUUGCUUAUGGAAAAACUGAGGCUGGAUUUGCCAAGUAUACUCUCCCAAUACCAGAGUCUCAACCACCCCCAACUCCACCUGUAACAUCCAGCCCUGCGGUAGACACUGUUUCAUGUCGCAUCUCUCCAUCUGCUGGGACAGUGCUGGAUGCUUUUAACAUUAUGUGCCAAACAAGUUUGUCAUGCUCCUCAGGCUGUGUCUACUGCAUCAAAACAGACAUGGGGAAACACCUUAAAUGCAGUGAUGCACAUGAAAUAAAGUCAGUCUUCCUGCCACUUGGAGAUAUGAACAACAACUACAGUUUGUCUCUAAUGGUGACUGUCAAAAAUGCAAACCAGAAAGCAGUCACCAACAUAUCCACACAGGUUGUAGACACAGAGAGCUCAGUGGAAGCCCUUCACUCUGCAGUAGAUGACACAGUGAAUCAGUUAGAGCAGCAGGGCCUACUCUCUGGUGAAGCUCUGGGGCAGAUAUUCACAUCAGUCUCAGAUAUGCUCAACAUAGAAUCCAAAGAGAAGCACAAGGAUUCAAAAAAGAAGUUAAGGGAACAAAUGUUGACCAAAAUGACCAAAGUCCUACAUGGGUCUCCCAGUAAUACCACACAGGGGGUCCAGGUGACGGCAAGAGCUGUGGCUGGUCUCACCCAACUCUCAGAUGAACUCACACCUACUGCUCAGGAAGAAGCGAGUUCAUUGUUGCUGGACCUCAGUGCCUCUCUGAACAUUAUCAGUGUCAAUCAAUACACUGCAGAAGAAGGCAAAGAAGUGGUGCAAGCAGCUACACCUAUUGUAGAAGCAGCCAGCAAUAUUUUAAAUGUUUCAGCUAAUAAAAAAGUGUCAGAGUUUCUCCUAACUGGAAUCAACAAUGUACAAAAUGCUUUACUCAUGAAUAAAAGACUGGAUGGAGAGCCUACCAUUAUUGAUUCUGGACAGAUCAGUGUGUACGUCAACAGGAUAACCCCACAGACUAUGGAGAAUCAGAAUAUCAAUGUACAGAAGAAUACAUCCUCUAGAUUUAAUUUUCCUGCCCUCCCAGCGGCCAUUGUCUCACCAGAAGAACCAGUGGAUGUAAGGAUGAUGAGUUUCACAAAGAAUCCAUAUGCUUGGAAAGACGAAAACAUUACUGGGACAGUAGGCUCAGUCUCUCUAACCAGAAUGGAUGGCGGUGUCAUUGCUGUCCACGACUUACCAGAGGAGAUAGAGAUUUUCCUUCCCAGACUUGAUGUGGGACAGGAGAACAGCACUGAGCUAGACUUGGCCAAUUUCAGCACUUUGAUAAUAGACGUUCCCUCACCUGAUGUAACACUAGUGCUGAGAAUGGAGCCAUCUGAAGACAUUUCUUUUGUAGCAUUUCUGGGAUACAAAUCUUAUCCAACUUUUGAGAAAUAUGUCACCAAAGCACAACUCCCUAUAAAAGACACAAAAGAAGAGGAAAAGUAUACCUGGGUUGUGGGGCCAAAGGAUCGAGCUGGAGAAGUUGGCGUGUAUUAUCUUGUUAUAAAGCCCAUUGUCGAACCUGGAAUCAAAUCAGUCAAUGCCACUGUUAAUGUUGUCACUAUUGCUGCACAGUGUAAGUACUGGAAUGAAACUGAGUCAUUUUGGAGUGAAGAUGGCUGCAGGGUUGGGCCACUCACCACACAUGUAGUAACUCAGUGCUUCUGCAAUCACUUGACAUUUUUUGGAAGCUCCUUUUUUGUCAUGCCAAACUUGGUUGAUGUGUCACGUACUGCAGAACUUUUUGCCACUUUUACUACCAACCCUGUAGUGGUUUGUUUUGUUGGAGCCAUUUUUGCUGCUUAUCUUAUGGUUGUGGUAUGGGCACGGAGGAAGGACAUCCAGGAUUCAGCUAAAGUCAAGAUAACCUUACUAGAAGAUAAUGAUCCUUUGGCAGAAUAUCGCUAUAUGAUCAAUGUCAGCACUGGACAUCGGCACGGUGCAUCUACUUCCUCUCAAGUGACAAUAACAUUACAGGGCACAGAGGGCGAGAGCGAGCCCCACCACCUGACAGAUACAGAGAAACCUGUAUUUGAGAGAGGUGGAGUGGACAUGUUUUUGCUAACUACUCAUUUUUCACUGGGGGACCUGCAGAGUAUACGACUCUGGCAUGACAACUCAGGAGCCCACCCUGCAUGGUAUGUCAAUAAAGUUAUGGUACAAGACGUGGAGACUGGUCAGAAGUGGCACUUUCUGUGUAACUCCUGGUUGGCCAUAGAUGUGGGAGAGUGCACGCUUGAUAAGGUUUUCCCGGUGGCAACGGAAAUGGACCUGAAGAGAUUUAGUAACCUAUUUUUCAUGAAAACUGCCAAGGAUUUCCGCGAUGGACACAUUUGGUUUUCGGUCAUCAGUCGUCCUCCCUGCAGCACGUUCACCCGGGUACAGCGUGUCUCCUGCUGCUUCUCUCUGCUAUUGUGCACCAUGCUCACAAGUAUCAUGUUCUGGGGCAUUCCAACAGAUCCCUCUGAACAGACAAUGGACCUGGGACACAUUGAGUUCACAUGGCAGCAAGUGAUGAUUGGGAUUCAAAGUUCAAUCAUCAUGUUUCCCAUAAAUCUGCUCAUUGUGAGUAUUUUCAGAAACACUCGUCCUCGAGAAAAAAGCAAGACAGAAAUGUCCAAACAGGGGAAAAUUGGUAAAGUGUCCCCUUCUCAGAGCUCUCCUCAGAAAGAGCUAAAGGACAUCACACCAGAGACUGUGAUCAAGGACAUAAAACGAAUUGCACAGUCCCUGUCAAAGGCCAUGAAAAGCCCGCUUCCCCAUUUAGACCUCAAAUCUGGGCAACAGUGUGAUAUCAAUACUCUGCUGUCUUUGGUGGAAGACAUAAUCAAACAGCAUAAUAGACCCUCUGAAGAUUUCUACAAUGACACGGUGAAAAAGGAGCGCACUAUGAUCCUGUCUUUGGGCUCAGUCAGCUUGCAAGGAUCCAGUAUGUGGGAAGACUCAGAUAAAACAUCUAAUAGUGCCCAAAAGAACACUACAAGCUACAACCGAUAUCUGUACAGGCAACUGUGCCAUGUAGAAAAAGAACUGGGUUUGUUGGGACCAUCUCGUUUUCCCAGCUCCAACAACUACAACCGUGCACUGCAGCAGGUCCAUGGCAUGAAGUCUCUACUGGAGUACCAUCUCCCAAUGUCGUGUCUGGAGGGAGAGCAGCUAGACGUCAGCUCCAAUCCUGAAGAAAGCAUCAGUGGAGAUCCGAAGAAGAAAGGCGGGCUUCCCUGGUGGUUUGUCUUUGUAGGGUGGAUAUUAGUGAUCGCGACCAGUAGUGUGUCUGGAUACUUCACAAUGAUGUAUGGGUUGACAUAUGGGAAAGAUCGCUCAAUAAGCUGGCUCAUCUCAAUGGUCGUCUCCUUUUUUGAGAGUCUAUUUAUUACCCAACCAUUGAAAGUUCUGGGGUUUGCAGCUUUCUUUGCUCUUGUUCUAAAAAAGGUUGAUCAAGAAGAAUAUGGAGAACCUCAGCUGGAUGGACUUGUUAUAAAUUCAGAUGACCCAGAUACUGUGCGUGCUGCAAGAAGAGACAGCACCUGUAGUUUUUACCAACCACCCCCUCCAACUGAUAUUGAGAAGAUGAGGAACAAUAUGAUAAAAGAGCAAAAAGUAUUCAUCCUUAUAAGGGAGAUUGUAGCGUACACUGGAUUUAUGUGGAUGCUCCUCUUAGUGGCUUAUGGACAGAGAGACCCUAAUGCUUACUUCCUGACUCAACACAUUCGUCAAAGCUUCAGCAAAGGCAUCUCAGACACUAUGAGUAUUCAGGACGUGUUUGGUUGGGCAAACACAACGCUAUUGAGCAACCUUUUUGGAGACUAUCCAGGUUUUAUAACAGAUGGUAACUCAAAGCUGGUCGGCAACGCCCGUCUUCGCCAAGUCAGAGUUCAGCAGAAAUCUUGUCAUGUUGCGUCAAGCAUGAAGAAGUAUGUAUCAGAUUGUCAUGCUCCCUAUUCAUGGGAGUUGGAGGACAUGGGCUCCUAUGGCCCAGGCUGGACCUACAAUGUGCCUGAUAAUGAUACACAACAUCUGGAAAGCCCAUGGAAAUAUCAAUCUCAGGGGAAGCUUCGGGCCUAUCCCAUCUGGGGAAAUGUGGUAUUCUACAGAGGUGGAGGGUUUGCGGUGGAUCUUUGCCCAAAUUACCAAAACUCCAGCAGAACCCUGCAAUAUCUGUUUGACAACACCUGGUUUGAUGCAUACACUCAAGCCAUCUUUGUUGAAUUCACUGUGUAUAAUGCAAAUGUGAAUCUGUUCUGCAUUGUUACACUGAUGCUGGAGACCACAGCCAUUGGAGCUUUUCAGUUUCGCUGUGAACUUCAAAACGUCCGUCUGUAUCAGUCUACUGGUGGUUUGCAUAUCUUUGUAAUGGCCUCUGAAGCUAUUUACUUUAUUUUUAUACUUUACUAUAUGUUUGUUCAGGGGAAGUUAAUAAAGCAGCAAAAAUGGUCUUAUUUUAAAAGUAAGUGGAACUUGCUUGAACUGGCCAUUAUUGUCCUGAGCUGGAGUGCCCUUUCUGUGUUCAUCAAGAGGACUUUACUGGGGAAAAGAGACAUGGAGUAUUAUCAGAACCACAAAGACCAAUUUGCCAGUUUCCGUGAAACAGCCAAGGCUGAUGCAGUGCUGGGGUAUCUGAUUGCAUUCCUGGUGCUGCUGGCUACAGUCAAACUCUGGCACCUGCUGAGGCUGAACCCCAAGCUGCACAUGAUCACCGCCACACUGCAGCGCGCCUGGACUGAUAUUUCAGGCUUCCUGGUGGUCAUAACCAUCAUGUUCCUUGCCUACUCUAUUGCUUCCAACCUGAUGUACGGCUGGAAACUGCACUCCUACAGAACUCUUUUGGACGCUGGUCAGACCAUGGUCAGCUUACAGCUCGGCAUUUUCAACUAUGAAGAGGUUUUGAAUUACAACCCAGUACUUGGAGCUUUCCUCAUUGGGUCAUGCAUCGUAUUCAUGACAUUUGUUGUGCUGAAUCUCUUUAUUUCUGUCAUACUUGUGGCAUUCAGUCAAGAACAAAUACAUCACAAGCCAUCAGAAGAGGAGGAAAUAGUGGACCUGAUGCUGAUUAAGUUGUGCAGUUUGUUUGGGAUAAAAUGCAAGAAACAAAGUUGUGAUGGCCCCAAUCACAAACCACCUUCAAGUAAUGGAAUACCAACCAUUUCUUCUAGGGUCAAUAAUGAAGGAUGAAAUGUCAAAGUAUAGUAUAAACUGGCAUAUUAUACUGUUCAUGCUUUUUCAUUAGCUGUGCGCAUCAUUUUACC